UGUCAGCAGAAGUAUGCCAAAGACCUAUUAAAGAAAUAUAGGAUGCUCGAAUGCAAGCCAAUUGCCACACCUAUGGAGGCUAAUGCCGGGCUAUGUUCGGAAGAAGGAAAAGACUUGGAAGAUGCAACUAUGUACCGACAAAUAGUUGGUAGUCUAAUCUACCUUACAUUAUCGCGACCAGAUAUAGCUUAUGCAGUUGGUGUCGUUAGCUGGUUUAUGCAAACACCAAAGAAACUACAUCUUAAAGUAGUACGUCGAAUAUUGAGGUAUGUGAAGGGUACGAUAGACCUUAGUUUAUUGUACAAGAAAGGUGGAGCAUGCAAAAUAGUUGGGUACUGCGAUGCUGACUAUGGUGGUGAUCAUGACACACGACGAUCAACUACUGGAUACGUAUUCAACCUUGGCUCAGGAGCAAUCUCUUGGUGUAGCAAGAGACAACCUACAGUAUCUUUAUCAACCACAGAGGCUGAAUACAGAACAAUGACAAUGACAGCACAAGAAAGCACAUGGCUUAUACAGUUAAUGAGGGAUCUUCAUCAACCAAAUGAUUAUCCAAUGAUAUUGCACUGCGACAAUCAAUCAGCAAUCUGCUUGGCUGAGAAUCUAGUAUUUCAUGCUAGGACCAAGUAUGCGGAGGUACACUAUCACUUCGUGAGAGAGAAGGUACUUCAAGGAAAAAUUGAGAUGAGUCAUGUGAAGACCGACGAUCAAGUUGCAGACAUACUCACGAAAGGACUUAGCAAUGCUGAGUUCACAGAAUUCAGAAAACAACUUGGCAUGAUGAUCAAGGCAGAAUUGUGA